AUGUACGAGAAUGAAGAACGAGAAAAUGUGCUUAAUGGUGCAGUAUUUGAUGAAGAUCACGAUGAGAUGGUGGUUGUUAAGGAUAUUGAAAUGUUUUCUAUGUGCGAACAUCACUUGGUGCCAUUUUAUGGUAAAGUUUCCAUUGGGUAUUUGCCAUGCAAUAAAAUUUUGGGCUUAAGCAAAUUGGCCAGAAUUGUGGAAAUAUUUUCAAGGCGCUUGCAAGUGCAGGAACGUUUAACCAAGCAAAUUGCAGUCGCCGUAACGCAAGCUGUACAACCGGCUGGUGUGGCUGUUGUUGUUGAAGGAGUGUAAGUGUGAACUAUAUUUUA